AUGGUGCAAAGGGUAGUAGUUUCUAAAUUGUUGAAUUCAACUAGACCUCUAGUUUUCGGAAUGAUUCAUGUUCCUGCACUUCCGGGAACUCCAUCAAACACUCUUCCAAUGUCUUCAAUUCUGAAAAAGGUUCGAAAAGAAGCGGAUACGUAUUUUAAGAAUGGAGUUGAUGGAGUCAUUGUGGAGAAUAUGCAUGAUGUUCCAUACGUGAAACCACCAGCCAGUCCAGAAAUAAUUAGUUCGAUGGCGUUGGCGUCUGAUCAAUUGGUGAAGUCGAGAGAUGCAAAUCAUCCAGGAGCAUUCACUGGAAUUCAGAUUCUAGCUGCAGCUAAUAAAGAGGCUCUUGGAGUGGCUUAUUCAACUGGAUUAGAUUUCAUUCGUGCGGAAGGAUUCGUGUAUUCCCACGUGGCAGAUGAAGGAUGGAUUGAUGGAUGUGCUGGAAGUCUUUUGAGAUAUCGAUCGUCUCUGAAAGCAGAUAACGUGGCAAUCUUCACAGAUAUCAAGAAGAAACAUAGUGCUCAUUCAGUGACUUCAGAUGUCUCGAUUCAAGAAAUGGCAAAAGAUGCAAAAUUUAAUUGUGCCGAUGGAAUAAUUGUGACUGGAAGUGCGACAGGAUGCUCUGCGAGUACAGAAGAAAUGAAUCAAGUUCUGAAAGUUCAAGAGUUUCCAGUAUUGAUUGGAAGUGGGAUCAAUGGAUCAAAUGCGAGAGAUUUCGUGAAAGCUCAUGGAUUUAUUGUUGGAUCAGAUUUCAAAAUUGGAGGAGAUUGGAGAAAUGAUUUGGAUUCGUCGAGGAUUUCGAAAUUUAUGAGACAUGUCAAUUCAUUGAAACGAUAA